UGCGGGGUUAGGCAGUAAAAAACUAAAAACGAAACGAUCGAUCGUUUCGUCUAAGCGAUAGCGUCUCUCGUUUUUCCGUGUAAGGCUAGGCAGUAACAGACGACAGUCGCUUUCGUGCAGACGAAGGUGAAUCGUCAAAAAAAACAAAUUAUUGUCUAUACUUGACGAUCAACAUUGUGUCAUUUGAAUUUGACGUAUAAAGGUCAAAUAUUCUCGCGGUAAAAAUACAAAAGUUUAGUGAAGUGUUUGUGUUUCAAUUUACGUUUUGUAAAAUGAAUUCUUAAAACGCAAGCAAUGAGCAAAUCGCCAUAAUGGUGGAAUUUAUGGAAAGGUACGUCAAUAACGUAUUUAAAAUGGUAAACACCCCGCAGGGAAGACUGAGGCGCCAGGAACUUUGCCAACUAUUAAAGAUGUUGCUGGGUAAGGCAGGUAGUGAUCCUGACAAGUCUAUGGAGCAAUGGAUGGAUCAAGGAGUACCAGUAGAGGAACAGUCAAAUGAGGAGCCUCCAGUUGAGGAACCAUCUAUCCAAAUACAAAUUUUGGAGCAGAUCACUGACAAUGAUGAACAAAAUGAUAUAUAUGUUGCCUCCUCUUCAAGAGUAAAGCUGCCCCAUCAUCAGUUCAAAGGAGAGGGAAAUGGCAUCCAGGACCCUCACUCACUGGCUUAUUAAUGUAAUGCUUAUGCUUUGAGAUGCAGUCUCAAAUGCAAAAACAUGUAACAUUUACAUUGGUUUUGGUUGUAACUUGUGUAAUUAAUGUUUAAGUGAAUAUUGAAAUAAAAAAUAAUUGUAUAUAAAUAAAGUUU